CUUAGCAAGAAGGCAGAGCGGAGUUGCAAGAAGAUUGGUGCACUUGUGCAAGAAGCUCGUAGAUCAUUUGAGGACAUCCCACGAGGAGAUCAGAAUGAGGCAGUCGAUCGUUUUGAGUACUUAAAGCCGAUGGAGGCUGUUUUGGACGAGAUUUUGGAGGCACUGCAAUGUCCUAGCAUCAACACCAUAAGGGUGUAUGGAGAUUCUGGUACGGGGAAGACCAUGCUCGCCAGAGAAGUGAAGAGAAUAGCCCAGAAACAGAAGUUAUUUGAUGCGGUUGUUAUGGCAUCUGUAAAGGGGAACCCCACAAUCCAAGAUGAAAUUGCUCGUGACUUGGGUGUUUCUAAUAAACUUACAGAUCAGGAAGCUUCCAAUCCAGGAAAGAUAAGAAAGCUAACAGAAAAGAAGGUCCUAUUGAUUUUGGACGAUAUUUGGGAGCAAGAAAUAUAUUGGAAGUUGCAUGAAAAACUUCCUUUGGAAGAUGAGAAUGAGAACAGGUUAUUAUCUUACAAAAUUUUGCUGAUUACUAGAGAUAACCGUGUUCUUUUUGAUUUAUCUGAAAGACAAUUUGAGAUUAAACCAUUAGAAGAAAAAGAAGCAUGGAUUCUGUUCAAGAAGAUAGCUACUUACCGAACCGAAAGUUGUAGUUUGCCAUUUUAUUCAAAAGAGAUUUGCAAGAGGUGUUACGGUUUGCCCAUUGCUGUUGCAACACUUGCAAAGGCCUUGAAAAGUGGCAAACUAAGGCGGAAGACUGCUCUACAAAAACUACAAAGCCAGCCAAGCCUUCAUUCAGGUUUCAAUUUAAUUUAUGAUGGUUUGCAAAGCUCCGAACUCCGACUAACUUUCCUGCUUUGCAGUCUAAUGGGUCAUAAUGCAGCUAUUCAAGAUUUGUUGAAAUAUACCAUAGGCUUGGACUUAUUCCCAGGAGUCAAAUCCGUGGAGGAAGCACGAGAUGCAUUACUGAAUUCGAUGACUAAACUCAAAUAUUCUUCUUUGUUGCUGGAUAGUGGUGGCAAUAUGCAUUUUGAUAUGCAUGAUCUUCUCAUGAUAUUUGCCAAAUCAAUUGCUUUUGGAGAAGUUGGAGUUGGACUGAACAACUGGGGGGAAAUCGAAAAAAUCAACUGGAUUUAUUUAUCAAAUACUAGUCAGCUUCCAACAAAGUUGAACUGUCCGAAGCUCGCUUUCUUUCAUUUGUCUAAAGAGGAUCCUUCUAAACCAAUUCCACUAGACUUGUUUAAAGGAACUAAAGGGCUCAGAGUCCUGGAUGCAGACAUGGGAGCAAUUAUAGAAGAGCUGGAGAAUUUGCAAGUCCUCAGCCUUGUGGGAUGUGAUCUCGAAGUGCUGCCGAAGCAAAUAAGGGAACUAACUAAGCUGAAGUUGUUAGAUUUGAGUGAUUGUACCAAACUCAAAGUAAUUCCAGGAGGUGUCCUGUCAAGGUUGUCCAGAUUAGAAGAACUAUAUAUGAGAAACAGCUUCGAUCAAUGGGCGGAGGGUGUUGAGGAGAAGACAAAAGAAAUUGCUAGCCUUUCAGAGUUGAGGCAAUUACCGAACCUAAAUGCUCUAGAGGUACAAAUUAAUAUUUGUGAUGCCGUGGUGAUUACAGGAGGCUUGUUCUCUGAAAAUUUGACAAGAUACAAGAUUUUCCAAGGAGACAAGUGGCACUCCUGGGAUAGCUCUAGUGGAAGUUCAAAAAUAUUGAAGCUAGGUCUAGAUGGAAACUUUUUUUAUGAGCAGUCAGUUCGGAAUUUGCUGAAGAAGACAGAGGAACUACAUCUACAGGGGACUAGUGUUGGCUGGGAUGUUACUGAUUUAGAUAGCGAAGGUUUUCAAAACUUGAAGUAUCUCUUUAUCCAAGAUGCUCGGAAUGUUAGAUAUAUUUCAUGGGGGCCUGCAUUUCCCGUAUUGGAGGUAUUAGUUCUUCGUAAUUUGGAGAAUAUAAGGGGGAUAUGCCGUGGUUCGGUUACAGAAUCAUAUUUUCGCAAAUUAAGAAAGAUAACGGUUGAAACUUGUAAUCAACUACAGAAUUUGUUCUCCUCCUCUAUAGCCAAAAAUCUUCUCCAACUCCAAGAAAUUAGAGUGACAAACUGCAAAAACAUGGAAGAGAUUGUUGAUGACCAGGAGCAAGGGGGCAAAAUUGAUAAGGAACUGUGGUCCUUGAGAUUAGAAGACCUACCAAAUUUGAUUGGCUUCAACAGUAGUUGCAAGAAAAAGACACUUUUCGAAGAACAGGUUGCAUCUUCCAGUGGUGGUCAGCAGUUUGGAUCUUUCAGUGCUGGUAAACUGCAGAAAUUGAUCAUUAAGGGAUGUGAUAAAUUGGAAUACAUAUUCUCAUCUUCUAUGGCUCAAGGUCUAAAUAUGCUGGAACACCUUGAAAUAAGGAAAUGCAGCAGUAUGAAAGAGGUCAUUUUUACAGAUAAUAAUGGAGAAGAAAAGAAUUUGAUUUUCCCUCAGUUGAACAUUCUGGAGAUAGAAGACCUUGAAGACUUUGUCAAUUUCUAUUCAGGAAAGUGUAUUAUUGAAUUCAAAAAAUUGAAGAAACUGCAAGUGUUGAACUGCCCAAAAUUGGAGGGAUUCAUUGCAAACACACAGACACUAUUUAAUGAACAGGUUGAGUUUCCCAACUUGGAGUUUUUGAGGCUAUCUUCACUUGACAGUAAGCAAAUCUGGCACAUUUCAAGUGAGCAAACAGCUUCUGUUAAAAACUUAAAGAAGUUGUUUGUGGAGGGUUGUGGUAAUUUGGAGUAUCUAUUGAGAUCCUCUAUAGUUAAGAGUUUUGAACAACUCAGGGCGCUCAAGAUUUCUGACUGUAAGAUGAUGGAAGGGGUAAUAAAGGAAGAACAAAGGAUGUGCGAGAUUUUCUUUCCAAAGCUGGCCACCCUGGAACUUGAAGACCUUCCCAAACUCACAAGAUUCAAGUGCCUUUCUGCUGCCAGUAUUGAAAAUGUAGAAAAUACUUGUAUAUCAUCUCUCUCCCACAGAAAGGUUGAAUUUCCCAAGUUGUUGAGACUCUCUUCAAUUAACAUUCAACAAAUCUGUGAUCUUUGGACUCCAAAAAUCCCUUCUUCUAUACAGAAUUCAAAAAUCUCUCUUCCUAUACAGAAUUUAAAAAAGUUGUCUGUGGAAGGUUGUGGCAACAUGAAAUAUCUAUUAACUUCCUCUAUGGUUAUGAGUCUGAAGCAACUCAUAAUGCUUAAGAUUUGUGAUUGUGAAAUGAUGGAAGCGGUAAUAGAUUCAGAAGAAUCAAAUGAAGAAACAAUUUUCUUCCCUGAACUGCUCAGCAUAGAAUUCGUAAACCUUCCAAAGCUCACAAGAUUCUAUCAUGCAGAAAGUAGUGACACACCACCUCUCUUUAAUGAAAAGGUUGGAUUUCCCAAGUUGAAGAUUUUAAGCUUGUCUUCAAUUGACAUUCAGCAAAUCUGGCAAAUUUCGAUUCAGAAAAUCUCUUUAGAAAAGCUUUUUGUGAAGGAUUGUGGCAAUUUGAAAUAUCUGUUCUUGUCUUCUAUGGUUAAGAGUUUUGAGCAACUCAUAGUGCUCAAGAUUUGUGACUGCAAGAUGAUGGAACAGGUAAUCGGCUCAAAUGAAUUAGUGGAAGAAGAAAUGAUGUGUGAGAUUUUCUUCUCUAAACUGGACACCCUAGAACUUGAAGACCUUCCCAAACUUGCAAGAUUGUGUCAUGGAAAUUACCCUAAAUUUAAGUUCUCCAAGCUUAGACGGUUCACCAUAAGCAAGUGUGCUGUGUUGAAGACGCUUAUAGGAGACAAUACAGUCGGCACUGAAAAUGUGGAAAAUACUUAUACACCAUCUCUCUUUGAUGAAAAGGUGGAAUUCCCUAGAUUAGAGCGGGUGAUAAUCAAGUUUAUGGGGAGUUGGUCCAAGAUAUGGGACGAGAAACAUGAUGUGAAUUCUUGUUGCCAUCUAAAUUCUAUUACUGUGGAUUCAUGUGAAAAGCUGUUGAAUAUUUUCCCAUUUAGUAUGCUGGAAAGAGUACGUCAGAAGCUAGAAACACUGGAGAUACAGAAUUGUGAUUCACUAGAAGUGAUAUUUGGUGCUAGCCAACCGCAAGCUCAGAUAACCACUCAGCCAACUAAUUUGGUGGAAAUUGCCGAAAGGAUUCUAUUUCCAGAAUUGACACACAUAAAUCUUUCUAAGCUACCCAAACUGAAAGGCUUCGUCCCUGAAAUGCAUAUUAAUGAAUGGCCAUCAUUGAAACAAUUACGGGUGUACGGAUGUGAAGUUCAGAUACUUGCUUCAAAACUCCCAAGUUUUCUAGGAAUAACUGGAGAUGACAAACUUCAGAUUCAGUGGAUAAGCACGAGAAUUUUUUUAUACAAAAGGAGUGGGAGGAUAUGUUACAUGCUACCUGCCAGGCACCUCGUAAUUCGGUAUGACGAUGAUCCUGACAAUUGGAGGUGGUUCAAACCUGAUCCCAGGUUCCCUGAGGUUGCAGAGCUUCUUUGUAAUUUGAUCUUGGAAAUCCAUGGAAGGAUUAGUACUCGCAUGCUUUCUCCAAAAACACGGUAUAAGGCUUACCUUGUAUUCAAGCUGGCGGACAAACCUGAUAGCUUUCAAAAUAAACCUAUAGAAGCUGCUGUUCUACUUGGUGGAGCUGAAGUUUCAAAGCGAAACGUGUACGAGCUGCAGGCACAAAGUGGAAUUGCAGGAAGUGGUGAUCAGUUUCCAGAAGAGAGGGAAGAUAAUUGGUUUGAGGUAGAAUUGGGUGAAAUGGAAUUCACGAAAGAAAGAGGUGAUGAUCAUUUGGAAAUACACCUUGUGGAGAAAAUAUUUGACAAUAGGCGCGGUGUCAUUAUUCAAGGCAUGGAGAUCAGGCCAACUUAGCAGGAAAUAACAAGAUUUUCUUUCACAUUGUGUAUUUUAUGUGUGGGAGGAAUAUUGUUCAUCGUGUUAAAUUAUGGUCAGUUCUAUUAUAGUCUAAGCGUGGUCUUUAAAUCUUCAUUUGAUCAAUGUAUCGCUAAUUUGUGGUGUUAAUUACUAAGUUUGAAGUGAUUUAGAGUGUUUAAUUGUCUGAGAGAAGAAUGCUUUAAACUGGAAUUUAUGAUUUUAAUUCAGCUACAUUUAGUGUUGGUUAAUAAAAUAUGAAGUUUGUA